AAAUAUUAAUAAAUCAAUCAGUUUUAAAGCCAAAGUUUGUUGUUAAUGUAUGAACAAUCGGCGUUAGUAUCGAACCAUUAAGCACAAUAUAAUUCUUAAAGUUUAUGUCAGUUUUAUAUUGUUAUUACGAAAAAAUUCGUUACAAAAAAUCCAAACUGUGACGAACUGGUGAAUAUCCUCCCAAAUAGUCCAUGUGAACUGUCAAAGAACAGAAUUUGAGGAGGUUAGUUGAGAGGAAAGCAAAUCUUAUCGUACUGAUGGUGUUUAGUUAAAGAAAUUCCACCAUUAUGUCACAUAAUACUUUAAAAUCUAUGGGACAUGGAUUUUGUGAUGCCAUUUUUUCAAGUUCGCCUAUUAAUUUCGAUAAGGAGAAUAUAAACUCUUUAAAUGAGAAGGAAGGAACAUGUUCUGAUAUACUUGAUACACCUCAAAGAGGAGUCCAAAAUGUUACUGAAAAUAAAUGUUUAAAACUUGAAAAGCGUAAAAUAUUACUUGACAAUGAUACUGAAAAUUUGAAAUCAACAAAUAUACCUUAUACUAUAAAUCUGUCUCACUCAAAGUCUAUAAAUACAUUUCAAAGAAAACAAGUUUUAUUUCCUGAAUAUGCAGCAUCUGAUUCAAAGUAUAAAACCUCUACGAAAACAAUGUCUACAACUUCAAUGAAUGAAAAGACUUUAACCAUGCAUUCUUGUACUCCCAAACAAUAUAAAAUUCAUACUACUACAAGCAAUUCAAAAAUAAAUAUCUUGCCUCCAAAUAAAACACCUGUAAAACGUUAUUUUAGUGACAACAUUUUAUCACAAGCUACUCCUGACUGUUUUAAUGUUGUUCAAGUUGAAACACCAUGUGGUAAAUCAAACGAUAUUGGUAUUGAAGAUCAAACUGUAUAUGAAGGAGAAAAUAGUAAUUUGACUGUAGGUAUACGUGUUAGACCUUUGAAUACAAAAGAACUAAAUGAUUCAAAAGUUAUAUCAGUCGUACAAGUAAAUGGUCAAAAUAUUAUUGUCACUUGUGAAUCUGUUCAACAUACUUUCACAUAUGACCAUUGCUUUAUAUCAUCAAUAGAUGCAUCAGAACCUAGUUAUGCUAAUCAGGAAAUUGUAUUUAAAAAUAUGGUUUUACCACUAGUACAAAAUGCUUUUGAAGGGUAUAAUGUUUGUUUAUUUGCUUAUGGACAAACAGGCUCUGGUAAAAGUUAUAGCAUGAUGGGUCAAGAAUCUGCACAAAAUAAUACAAUACCACAUGAAGCAAUUGGUAUUAUUCCAAGAUUUUGUCAAGAAAUAUUUACGAGGGCAUCUAUUAAUACGAAUACUAAAACUACAGUAGAGAUUAGUUAUUUUGAAAUUUAUAAUGAAAAAAUACACGAUCUUUUAACAAAUGUUAACAGUGGAGUAAAAAGGGCUCCUCUUAAAGUAAGAGAACAUCCUGUAUUUGGACCAUAUAUUGUUGAUUUAAGUCAACAUUGCGUACAAAAUUACAAAGAUUUGCAGACUUGGCUCAAGGUAGGCAAUUCACAACGAGCUACAGCAGCAACUGGAAUGAAUGAAAAGAGUUCAAGAUCUCAUAGUAUAUUUAGUAUCAUAUUAACACAAACCCAAAAAAAUAAUCAAUUAAAUAAUGAAUCUGUGGAUGCUAGUCGACGUAGUAAAAUUAAUUUAGUAGAUUUAGCAGGUAGUGAAAGACUGAGUCAAACUUGUGCAAGCGGUGACAGAUUAAAGGAAGGAGUGUCUAUUAAUAAAUCAUUGCUUACAUUGGGAAAAGUAAUCGCAUCCUUGGCUGAAAACACAAGUAAUCGUAAACGAGGUUUUGUUCCAUAUCGUGAAUCUGUUCUUACAUGGCUGCUAAAGGAAAGCCUCGGAGGAAAUUCAAGAACAGCAAUGCUUGGAACAGUAUCACCAGCUAAUAUACACAUAGAAGAGACGCUUGCAACACUCCGAUAUGCUUGUCAAGCUCGAGCCAUUGUUAAUCGUGUUCGAAUCAAUGAAGAUCCACAUGAGAAAUUAAUUCGGGAAUUGAAAGCGGAAGUAUUGCGAUUGCGCGGUGUACGUGAAGGAUACGAAAAGCAACUUGGUAUUCUUCCACGUCGUCUUCUCGAUUCCGUCCCACCGGUUAACCAAAAUAACGAUGAAAUUAAGCAGAAACAACAAGAAAUUGAUAAAUUAAGGCACCAGCUAAAGAAGACUGAAGAACAACUUGCGAUUACUGAAAUGACUUGGCAAAUGAAAUUGCGGGAUACCGAGGAAAAGAAAAAUUCUGAAAUAAAGUACUUACGUCGCUGUGGUAUCGCUAUUGAACUCGAUUUUCGUGAGAAGGAUAAGCAACCUUGUCUUAUAAAUCUCGCGGCCGAUCCUAUGUUAUCUGGUACGCUUUUGUAUCUCAUUCCUCCAGGACUUGUUCGUAUCGGAAAAAAUUCAGGUUGUCAGAACUUUUCCGAACAUUUGGAUAUCAUGUUGGAUGGACCACUGGUUAGGCCUUUACACUGUACUAUUGAAAACAGUAAUGGGAAACUUAUAUUAUCAUCAGAAAUGGAAGGAGAUACGUUCGUGAAUGGACAGGUGGUAACUGGCAAAGUUAUUUUAAAACAUGGUGAUCGAUUAGUAAUUGGCGGCAAUCAUUAUUUUAAAGUCUCAAGUCCUUAUGAUGAACAUAGCAAUAUACAAAUUUCAGCGCAGGCUGUAGACUAUGAAUUUGCUCAUCAAGAAAUUCUAAAAGUGCAAGAAGAAAAAUUAAGGGCAGAGUUAGAAGAAAGUAAACAGAAAGCAAUAAAAGAAUUAGAAAAUGCUAAACGAGAAGUUGAAAUGCAAUUGGGAUCGCAAAAAUUAUCGUAUGAACGUAAAAUCGAAAUUCUUGGUUCCACGGUCCAAGAGCAGAAACUCGCAUUGGAACAAAUUCAUCAAAAGAAGAAAGAAUUAGAAUUGGAAAAAGAAUUACUCGAAAACGAAGUUGAGACAAAUAAUAGAUUAAAACAAAUACAAAUAGAUCAAAAAAAAGUUAGCGUCGCGCCAUAUAAAUCUAAUUUCUUACAAGAACUGGAAAGCAUUUUAAAUGAAAGGGCGGCAGAUGCCGAAUUCGCUCUCAAAAUGAAAGCUAGCGCAGAAGCAAUAAGUGACGGUGGUAUUAGCUUACAUGAAAUGCAAAUAUUGGUAAAAGAAGCUACCGAACGGUGUAGAGAAGUUGGUCUUAAUUAUGAGUUUGAUCAACAACAAAUAAUUGUUAAUAAGAGUCUGAAACCUGUAGUUCGUAUACGUAAUAGAGAUAGCAUGAGAGAGACAUUCUGGCAGUCAAUGCGUUUUUUAGAUUGGGUUCAUCGUUUGCGAGACUAUGAUAUAGAAGAUUCAAUAAAGGAGCUUUGUACAUCAGAAGAAACUUGGGAACCCUAUGAAAAUACAGAAACUUUUGAGGACUCCCUAAAUAAUAGCCGAAUUUCAAUAAACAUUACACCAGUAAAAAAGCAUUUAAACGAAAGUCUACAACAACUCUCAUUAGAUACGUCCAUACUUGGAAGUACAUUAAUUAACCAAACGUUUGAUAUUUCCAAAGAUCAAGAAAUCAUAAAUACGUGUCUUGUUCAGAUGGAACUCGCUACAAAAACUUUACAUAAAUUAUGCACUAGAAAUGGUGGAAUUCAGUCAGUUGCGGAAUCACUUGAUAAUAUGCAAAGUAUCAUUUGUAGUUUACGUGAAAUUUUAGAAAUAGAAGAUAUAAAUAAAUAUUCCAAUGAAAGUGUAACUCCUAUGCAGAGUUUCAAUAAUAGUGUAAUAGAAGAUUCUGACACAAAUUUGGCAGUUUCUAAAAAUUACAAUAUAAAAUCUGUUUCUCUGACAAAAUCUACUUUACGCAAUAGUAUUAACGGUUUUGAUAAGAAAAGUGUUAGAUUUAAUGAUAAAUUACAACAAGAAUUAACCUAAUGAAAAUUAACAUCAUUACAUAAUAUUUAACGUAAUUAAAUAAGAUAACUAUUUGUAGGGAGACUUAAAGCGUAUAUUAAUAAUAUACUUUAAAGACAUUAAUUGGAACAAAAAAUAUAUUUAGCUGCAUUUAUAUGUAACUGUACCAUUUUAUUUCUUAUUACUCAUAAGGCGUUAUGUAAUAUUUAUAUACAUACAUCCAUACAAAAUAUUACAAUAUG